UACAAUCAGCAUUAUCAGGAUGUUUGCCUGUGGUACACUGACAGAAUCUCAGCUUCCUCACUGGUCAGCCAUGAGUGCCAACAACUCUUUCAACACAAGCAACUUCAGUUCCUUCCAUCAACAGGCUUUACCCUUAUCACCGCCGCCCGACGCUCGCACUGCACAUUUUGGACACAUGUCAAUGCCCACCUAUAACGGCGUCAGUGGUGCUCCCUACCCGUACCUUCAGCAUCACUACAACGCCUUCGCCAACGGCAUUGCACCGCCCAUGCUCUCUCCUCCGGCUGAGAAACCCGUCACGCCCCCGAAAGAGCCGCACACAUCUACCUGGUGGAACAGUGCCGCUUACGCUACUCCGCCAUCACAUACAGCUUCCAACUACCACUUUCACCGUCACCAGUACGACAGCCUCGGACUGGGUGGCGUGGCACACGUGAGUCCAGCUGUUCCUCAGCCCAUUCCGGGCGCAGUCACUCAGGAUGCCAUUGUUCAGCAACAGACCAACAUCGCCGCCGCUCUCCUCACCGCUCACUCAUCGGUCAGUGUUCGGCGUUGUCGACGAUGCCGUUGUCCUAACUGCCAGGACACUUCAAGAGACACUUCAGCUACCAAGAAGAGGGAGCACAUCUGCCAUGUUCCAGGAUGUGGCAAGGUUUAUGGCAAGACUUCUCACCUGAAGGCACAUCUGCUCUCACAUAGUGGAGAACGCCCCUUCGUGUGCAACUGGAUCUUCUGUAACAAGGCCUUUACUCGAUCCGACGAACUUCAGCGCCAUCUGCGAACGCACACCGGUGAAAAACGUUUCCAGUGUGAAGAGUGUGGAAAACGUUUCAUGCGUUCUGAUCACCUGAACAAACACGUCAAGACACACGAGAACCGACGCGCCCGUGUUGCUUCUGCAACUCCUGCCGAAGGUGACGACGUUGACGUGGAAAUGUGUGACGAUGAAACAGAGUUUUUCUCUGUAACUCUGCCAGACUCGCCUGUGUCUGAAACGGAUUUUCAGGAACUUAACCGUAUAUAGGAGAAUUCUCAAAACCAUACUUUCAGAUUCUGUAUGUGUCUUUGCAUCAUAUAUUCUCGUUAAUUAUUGGUGAACCUUGUAAAUGCACCCUGUGAGUUGAAAUCAGUAAAAUGUUACUUUGAUAA